CUCUCCGUGGGCGAUGUUGGCGGUGCUGGCCGUGCUCUGCGGCGCGGCGACGGUGGCGGCGACGCCGGGGACAACCGCGCUGACAUUAGCCGUGGUGUUACCCGAGCGCAACCUCACCUACCCGUGGGCUUGGCCACGAGUGGGGCCGGCGGUGCGUUUAGCCGCCGCCGCCGUCAACGCCCGGCCCGAUUUAUUACCCGGUUUUACUCUCCGGUGGGUCUUCGGGAGCAGCGAAGACCGUCACGGCGUUUGCUCCGAAAUGGCCGCGCCGUUGGCCGCCGUCGACCUCCAGCUCGCCCAUCACCCCGCCGCAUUUUUGGGACCCGGUUGCGUCUACACGGCGGCACCGGUCGCCCGCUUCACCAGCCACUGGCGGCUUCCACUAGUGACGGCGGGUGCCGAGGCCCACGGCUUCGACGACAAACGAGAGCAAUUCGGGUUGACCACCCGCGCCGGUCCCAGCCAUCGCAAACUGGGUGAGCUGGGCGUGCAGCUCCAUCGGCGUUUCAACUGGACCCGCCGGGCUUUACUGGUUUACUGGGACGAGAAGGUGGACGACCGGCCGUACUUCUUCGCCGCCGAGGGGCUGUACGUCCAGCUGCCCACCCUGCGCAACCUCACCGUCAUGGACAUCGUCUUCCGCGACGGCGGCAACUUCUCCUUCAUCAUCCAGGAGAUCAAGCAGAAGGGACGCAUCGUCUACGUGUGCUGCGCCCCGGAGACGCUGCGGGAGCUGAUGCUGCAGGCGGGGCGCGAAGGGUUGACCCGCGGCGACUUUGCCUUCUUCUACAUCGACAUCUUCGGGGCCAGCCUGCAGGGCAGCCGCUUCCCCGAACCCCAGCGGCCCUGGAAACGGGGGGACCGGCACGACGCCAGCGCCCGACAAGCCUUCGAGGCUGUCACCAUCAUCACCUACAAGGAACCCGAAAACCCCGAGUACCGGCCCUUCCUGGCGCGGCUGAAGGAGGAGGCGCUCGCCCACUUCAACUUCUCCAUGAAGGAUGGCUUGAUGAACUUCAUCGCGGCCGCCUUCCACGACGGGGUGCUGCUCUACGCCCAGGCCGUCAACGAGACGCUGGAGCGGGGCGGCUCCGUCGCCAACGCCUCGGCCAUCACCCGCCAGAUGUGGAACCGCACCUUCUACGGUGUCACCGGCUUCCUGAAGAUCGACGAGAAUGGGGACCGGGAGAGCGACUACUCCCUGUGGGACAUGGACCCGGUGCGGGGGGACUUCCAGAUCGUGGCCAACUACAAUGGCACCACCAAGAAGAUCCAGAUGGUGCCGGGGCGUGAGAUCCACUGGCCGGGGAACGUGGUCCCCUCCGACGUCCCCCCCUGCGGCUUUGAUAACAGCGACCCGCUGUGCCGCAAAGCCAGCCUGUCCACCCUGGAGGUCCUGUCCCUCGUGGUCAGCCUGAUCCUCCUGGCCAUCACCGUCACCUCCUUCUUCAUCUACAGGAAGCUGCAGCUGGAGAAGGAGCUGGAGGCCGAGCUGUGGCGGAUCCGCUGGGAAGACGUGCAGAUGAGCAGCUUGGAGAAGCACCUCCGCAGCGCCGGCAGCAAGCUCACCCUCUCCCUGAGGGGCUCCAACUACGGCUCGCUGAUGACCACGGAGGGGCAGUUCCAGGUCUACGCCAAGACGGCGUAUUACAAGGGCAACCUCGUGGCCGUGAAGCACCUCAACCGCAAGCGCAUCGAGCUGACGCGCAAGGUCUUGUUCGAGCUGAAGCACAUGCGGGAUGUCCAAAAUGAGCAUCUGACCCGCUUCAUCGGCGCCUGCACCGACCCCCCCAACAUCUGCAUCCUCACCGAGUACUGCCCACGUGGGAGCCUCCAGGAUAUCUUGGAGAACGAGAGCAUCACGCUGGACUGGAUGUUCCGCUAUUCCCUCACCCAUGACAUCGUUAAGGGGAUGCAGUUCCUGCACAACGGGGUGAUCGUCUCCCACGGGAACCUCAAGUCCUCCAACUGCGUGGUGGACAGCCGCUUCGUGCUGAAGAUCACGGACUACGGGCUGGAGAGCUUCCGCGUGGCCCCCGACGGCGAGGACUCCCACGCGCUCUUCGCCAAGAAGCUGUGGACGGCGCCCGAGCUGCUGCGGAUGGAGCUGCCGCCGGCCCGCGGCACGCAGAAGGGCGACGUUUACAGCUUCGGCAUCAUCCUGCAAGAGAUCGCCCUGCGCAACGGCGUCUUCUACGUGGAGGGGAUGGACCUGAGCCCCAAAGAGAUCAUCGAGAGGGUGAAGAGUGGGGAGCGCCCCAGCUUCCGCCCCUCAGCCAACGUGGGGUGCCACAUGGAGGAGCUGGGCCAGCUGAUGCAGCACUGCUGGGCCGAGGACGUCCUGGAACGCCCCGACUUCAACCAGAUCAAGGUCCAGCUCCGCAAGUUCAACAGGGAGAGCAGCAGCAACAUCCUGGACAACCUGCUGUCGCGCAUGGAGCAGUACGCCAACAACCUGGAGGAGCUGGUGGAGGAGAGAACCCAAGCCUACCUGGAGGAGAAGCGCAAGGCUGAGGCUCUCCUCUACCAGAUCCUGCCCCACUCGGUGGCGGAGCAGCUGAAGCGGGGGGAGACGGUGCAGGCGGAGGCUUUCGACAGCGUCACCAUCUACUUCAGCGACAUCGUGGGCUUCACGGCGCUGUCGGCCGAGAGCACCCCCAUGCAGGUGGUGACGCUCCUCAACGACCUCUACACUUGCUUCGACGCCAUCAUCGACAACUUCGACGUCUACAAGGUGGAGACGAUCGGGGACGCCUACAUGGUGGUGUCGGGGCUGCCGGUGCGCAACGGGAAGCUGCACGCCCGGGAGGUGGCCCGCAUGGCCCUGGCGCUGCUGGACGCCGUCCGCUCCUUCCGCAUCCGCCACCGGCCGCAGCAGCAGCUCAAGCUGCGCAUCGGCAUCCACACGGGACCCGUCUGCGCCGGCGUCGUGGGUCUCAAAAUGCCCCGGUACUGCCUCUUCGGGGACACGGUGAACACGGCCUCGCGCAUGGAGUCCAACGGGGAAGCCCUGAAGAUCCACAUCUCGGCGGUGACCAAGGCGGUGCUGGAGGAGUUUGGCUGCUUCGAGCUGGAGCUGCGGGGUGACGUGGAGAUGAAGGGCAAGGGCAAGGUGAGGACGUACUGGCUGCUGGGGGAGCGUGGGAGCAGCACCCGGGGCUGACCCGACCCCCCCCCCCCAAGCAGCACCCAGGGCCCGCGGGGCUGGUCCCGGCAGCACCCCAAGGCCCCCCCCAGGAGGGGCUGGGGCCAGGCGGGGGGGCACUGCCAGCAGCGGGGGGCUGGGUGCACCCCCCAAACUGCACCGUGCUCCACACGCUGAACCCCAACUGCUCCUGCGGGGGGGGGACACACACACACACGGACACCCCAAGCAGUCCCGUGGCCUGACCCCGGCCGGUGGCCGAGAUGGAGGGGACACAGGGGGGGACAGCGACUGCCCUGGACCCCGGGUGGGGGUAAUUAGAGCUCUAAUUUUUGUAAUAAAGCUGGUGUGUACGCA